AUGUCGGUCGCCCACAUGACACUAAGGAAGGCCCUCUUCGAGGUAGUCGACCUUAGUUCGCUCGACAAGGUCUUUGGCCUUCCAGUGCUCACUAACACCCUCUCGGCUGAGGUUCAAAACGCAAUCGGCAGCAGAGACCACCGCGACUCCUCACAACUGAACACCCUCCUCUUGUUAGGAGCCAUUCAGCAAAACAAACAGCUCGCCGAAGCAGUCUCCAAGCUAGGAGACGAAAUCACCUCCCUGAGGGAGUCAAUCGCAGCCCCCAAAGCUGCUCCCACCCCCUCAGACCCUCUCAUCGUCCAAAAACUGGACACCCUCAUCGGGAGAACCAGCCUCCCCCCUCCCACACCCCAGGCCCCCCACAGACCUUCCCCGCCCGCCAAGCCUGCCCAACCGAGGGCAACCCCCAUGUAUGCACAAGUGGUUCGAUCCACUCCCAACCCACCCAACCCCCCCAGCAAGAAGGCAGCCAAGGCAGCCGCAGCCCCGGCCCCAGGAUCCGCCCCGAAGGCGAAGCCCCUACCGUCUGCCCACCGCCGCUUCUUCGCCACCAGGACAACCCCCAGCCCCAUCGCCAAUGCCGAAAGGCUGUCGGCAACCCUCCCCCGCCUCUUCGGCCAAGCCCUGGCCCGAAGCCAUCAAGUCGCCCCCGUCACCUCCCUCACCGUCACCAUCAACAACAGAGGCACAGUCUCUGUUACCGCUCCCCCCACCGUCCCAUCAACGGUCUACACACCGUUCUUCGAAGCCCUCACCACGAUCCUAAACGUGGAGGUAGCCUCCCCAGAAAACCCCUACACCACCUUCCGCCCCGCUCCCACCAACGUCGAUCUCGCCAUCCAUGGCGUCCCCCUCUACGAGCUCCCCAAUCAGGAAUGCCUAGAGGAAAUCCUACCCUCUGCACUUAAGCUAGCCGUUGGCAUCACCCCCUCUGCCGUCCGUUUCCUAAACACGGAUGAAACCUCCCGCUCCUCCAAGGCCACCACCUCUGUCAUUGUCUCCGUGACGGCGGAAGAGGCAGCAACCAUUGGAACCACCAUCCGCCUCUUCUCCCGCCCCAGACGCUGCAAUGUCAUGUGGCGAGCAUCCUCCACCACCCAAUGCAGGAACUGCUGCAAACUCGGCCACGCCACCCAGGGAUGCAGGUCCCCCAUCGCCUGCCCCCUGUGCACCCUCCCCCACAAGCUCCAAGACCACCGCUGCCCAGUUGCCACGUGCAAAGGAGCAUCGGCGCCUCUUGAAAACUGCUGCGAAAUCUCUCCCGCCAAGUGCGUCAACUGCAACGGGACCCACCGCUCUUUCGCCCCAGCCUGCCCCAACAGGAAACCCACCACUCCCCCGUCCCCCCCCAACCCCCAGACCGCGAUGGAAAUCUCAUAA